CCAUGAUAUUAGUGAAUUUAAUCUUUCUAUUUUUGUUAAAACCAAAUAAUACUAAUUACCCUUAAAUUUAAGUCAGAUGUAUUCUUCUCACCAAAAGUUUACACUCUUGGAAGUACAUAACAAAUCCUCUAAUUGGAUCCAACACUAAUAACUCAAAGGGAAAAAGAUGCUACUGUAGUUGAUCAGAUGUUUUAAUGAAAGAGAGAUUUUCGAAGUCCCCAUCAACAUUAGAUGAUCAAACCGAAGGUAACAAUUAGGAAGAAAAAGUAGAUGGCAUAGCAUAAUUGUAUUUUGCACCUACGCCUACUCAUGUUGAACAAAUGAACUAACCAAAACCAAAACUUCACAUUCAAAAAGAAAUCCCUAUAUAUGCAUGCUUAAGUAUAGCAUUGCAGUAUUACUAAGUAUAGCACUUUUAGAUAAUAUAGACAACAUGGCAAUGAAAUGGCUGAUCCUAAUGCUAACAAUGAUGGUCAUAUUUGAAGGAGAUUUGAUUACGGCCAAUGUUAUGGAGGUGAAAUGUAUAAAACAUUGCAUGAAGGAUUGCAAAAAAAUUGGGAUACCCACUCCUGCCUGCCUGAAAUUCUGCCCACUUCACUGUGUUCCUCCUCCACGUUUGCCUUUACCUGGAGUCCGCUAUUGCAAUGCUCGUUGCAUUCUUGAACGUUGUGUUGAUGACUACAAGAAUGAAGAUAAAGAGAAACUGGAAGGUUGCGCAUCCAAAUGCAUGAAUCACUGCUAGGUGUGUUGUCCAACACAGGAGUCAGGAGUUACUACUACUAAAAUGACAACUACGUAAUGCCUGGGACCAAUUGUUUCCAUUAUAUUUCUAGUCUUUUGUUUCAGUUUAUUCCUCUUUUAUAUUUGUAUGCAGAAUUUACACAAUGAAUGGUAGGACAUAGUAUGUGUAAGGGAGAAGAAGUACUUAAUAAAAUAAUUUGUUUUCGUUAUCA